AUGGAAAAYAAUUGUAGAAAUGGUCGUAAAGUGGCKUUAAUCACAGGGAUCACAGGACAGGAUGGCUCKUAUCUUGCUGAAUUUCUUUUGAAAAAGGGUUAUGAGGUUCAUGGUAUUAUACGACGUUCAAGCUCAUUUAAUACUGGAAGAAUAGAACAYUUAUAUCAAGAUCAAUAUACACACAUGGGAGGAGCAAUGAAGACCCAUUAUGGAGAUCUGACAGACAGUACAAACCUUGUGAAAAUUGUUUCACAGGUUCAACCAACUGAGAUCUACAAUCUUGGUGCACAGAGUCAUGUUAAGGUUUCAUUUGAGUUAGCCGAGUACACAGCUGAUGUUGAUGCUGUUGGAACUCUGCGAUUACUUGAUGCCAUCAAAACUUGUGGGUUAGAAAAGUCUGUCAAGUUUUACCAGGCAUCAACAAGUGAGCUGUAUGGUAAAGUCAAAGAGAUCCCACAAACAGAGAAUACUCCAUUUCAUCCAAGGUCUCCAUAUGGAGCUGCAAAGUUAUAUGCAUACUGGAUUGUAGUUAACUACCGUGAGGCUUAUGACAUGUUUUGUUGUAAUGGUGUUCUGUUUAACCAUGAGAGCCCACGACGAGGUGAAACAUUUGUUACCAGGAAGAUUACUCGUGCUGUGGCAAAGAUUCAUUUAGGACUUCAGGACCAUCUUCGUCUAGGUAAUUUGGAUGCAAAGCGUGAUUGGGGACAUGCAAGAGACUACGUAGAGGCAAUGUGGGAAAUGCUGCAGCAAGAGAAACCAGAUGAUUUUGUCAUAGCAACAGGAGAGACUCACAGYGUUAGAGAGUUUGUAGAGAAAGCUUUUGGUCAUGUGGGAACUGAAAUUGUCUGGGAAGGCAAGGGGGAUACAGAGAUUGGCAGAGAUAAAUCAASUGGAAAGAUUCUUGUCAGGGUGGAUCCCAAGUACUACAGGCCUGCGGAAGUGGAAUUGUUGCUUGGCUCUGCAAAGAAAGCAGAAGAAAUCUUGGGUUGGGUACCUAAGACCAAAUUUGAGAACCUUGUAAAAGAAAUGGUGGAUGCUGAUGUAGCUYUGAUGAAAGCCAAUCCAAAUGCUUGAUGUCAAUGUGUAUAUUAUUUAGUUUUAGCCAAUGAUAAGUCACAUAAUACAUAGGUAUGCACACCUUCAAAAUGCAGUUGAUAGACUGCGAGAAAGGGGAAAUUCCAGGGCUACUAAAAGAUUGUAUUACAAAUAUUGUAUACAAAUUAGGAUUCAAUUGAUAUUUACUCAGAUUGCAGAAGAAAUAUCUGCAAAAUUACUGCUCUUGAGAUUAUAAAAAUAAUCAAAACGGCAGUAGUUAAUGUUAUUCUAUAUUUAUUAUGUUGAUGACUACAGUAUGAUUACUGGGGCAUUUACAACACAUUAGCUCAAUACAACAUUGCCUUUGUUGUUUGCCCUAUAUUUCUACGUUACCAGUGUUAUUAAAGGAGAUKACUAACCAGCAUCAACAUAUGCUGUAAUGGGUUAAUUUCCAUAGUGGUUUGAAAAUACUUAAUAUUAUCAUAAUGAUAGUAUUUAAAAAAAAUUUACCAUAUCCUACCAUACAUAAAUAUACCAUACAUUAAAUAAAUGAUUGGCUCAAUAUGAAGAUGGUUUUAUUUUAUAUUUUUUUCACUGAAAGAAAAGAUUUGGAAAUUAGUCGUCUUGAAUUUAGUUCUUGAACAAAUGAAUAACUUUAUUUAACUUUAUUUCCCAUACUUUUUUACGGUGUUAAACUUAUCUUCUUUACAGAACUGAAUAACUUUAUCCCCCAGUUAUUUAAUAACAUUGUUAUACAAUUGUUAUGACAAUAACAAAAUACGAGCCAUUUCAGUUUCGUGUGACUGUGUGGAGCAACUAUUUUUAAACACCUUUCAUAAGUUAAAACAUAAAUAUUUAAGUGACUUAUAUUUCAACUUUAAGUUUAUACCACAAUACUGCAAUACUGUCACCAUGUUAGAGUAAAUCACACCUAAAUUAUGCUUA